AUGGCUGAGGAGCAGCAAACUUCCGUCCCAGCGGCGCUGAUGCCCAUAGGGAAGCCGCUCAGCCUGAUUCCCGUCAUCCUGAAAGAAGCCGCGCUCGACAGCCCGACCUUUCGCGCAACCGCCGUCCACUUUGGCGAACAGAUCGACAUCAUCGAGAAAUGGCUGGAGAACUACGUGAAGACGACUGGAAAGCUCGUCCAGGAGGUCUCGAACCUCGAGAACACUGUCAACGCCUUCAUCGCGCAUUCCGAACCGCCGUCGUACAUCUCCGAGGCCGUCAUGGACCACGACUACACCAUGCUCGCCGUCAAGCGCUACAGUGAGGGGUCUAGGGAGUUUUGGCAGGCAACGAUCAAGGGCAUGAAGAGGACCGACUUUACCAUCCUUGAACCCCUGAGAUCAUUCCUCCAGACCGAUCUCCGCGCCCUGAAGGACUUGCGCCGGACCCUCGACACCACCCAGAAGCAAUUCGACGGCCUGAUUGCGCGCUAUGCUGGGCGCAAGAAGUCGGAGGAGGCCUCGUCGCUGCGAGAGGAAGCCUUCCAGCUGCACGAGGCCAGGAAGGCAUACAUCAAGGCCGCCAUGGAUUUCUGCAUCAUGGCGCCGCAGAUCAGGACCGCGCUCGACAAGCUAUUGGUCAGAGUCUUCUCGGAGAGAUGGAAGGAGAUGAAGACGUUGAGGGAGUCGACGGAUAAGGUCUACACUCAAUACACCACUGAGAUGGAGCGCGUCAGAGGCUGGUCCAGGGAAAUGGAAAACAGCGAGAGAGUAUUCAAGCGAGAGCUCCACCUUGCCAGGAAGCAGCUUGAGGACAGCGCCGAGGUUGGCGUCCGGCCUUCGCGAGAGUUGGACGAUUACACGAUUUCGACCGUACCGUACAUUGGAUCGCACGGCGCCAUGCAAUCGCCCGCGAAGCCCGGCCCGGAGAGGUCGGAGAAGCAAGGUUGGCUGUUCGAGCGAACCAUUACGGGCAAGCCUGCGAGGACGGUUUGGGUGCGGAGAUGGUUCUUCCUGAGAAACGGAAUUUUUGGUUGGUUGGUUCACGGCGCACGUUCAGGUGCAGUGGAGGAGUCGGAGAAGGUUGGAGUGCUGCUCUGUGGCGUGCGUCCUGCAUUCCAGGAGGAACGCAGGUUCGCGUUUGAGGUGAAGACGAAAGACAAGACGAAUAUGUUGCAAGCUGAAAGCCAGGCCGAACUGAUGGAUUGGAUUGCUACCUUCGAAGUCGCGAAACGCAAAGCUUUGGAAGACCCCGCCAGCACAGGAUCCAGCGUCACCCCGUCCGCCGAUGCUGCGUUUGCCAUUAGUCCGCCUGUAGCCCCCGAAUUCGCCGCCCGCACCGGAGACCACAACCCUCAUGGAAGUGACGAACUUUCCCAACUCAAGCACGCAGACACCCUCCCGAUCUCCAGCCCCGAAAUAGGGAACCUUGCAACGCGUAGCAGCUUCGACGUCACCAAUAAACGGAAUUUCUCGGGUGAAAAGGACGGAGAAAGCAGCAGCCGUGACCACGCCGCCAGGAUUAUCCAGAAGCUCGACCUCCACAGGAGAACGACAGCGAAUCCCCAGCUCAGUAGUAUGCCUUCAUCGCCAAAUCCCUCGACAGGCAUCGCCGGUCUUAUUUCAGUCAGCCACAAUAUUCACAACUUACUCCCAGUAGCGCCUCCGUCUAGUUCGCCUAUGCUCUCAGCCGACGCCCGCGCUGCCACCAUGCCCAUCAGUUCCCUCGCGCCGCCGACGCUCGCUAACCCACCCGCUCCCACGAACCUAAGCAAGACGGCCGUGAUCAUCAGCGGCGAACGAGGAAUCGGUGUCGGCCGCCAAGACGGUGUCAUGCCUUCCGGACUCCUGGCCAAUCUCUGGGGAUCCACCAACUGGGGUUAUGUCAAUCGCUUCGAAAGAGGAGAGAUCAAAGCCACCAAGGCAAUCUCAGCCUCUCAGUCCUCAAGCCCCAUUACGCAUUCCGUGACCACUGCUGACAUUAGUGAUUCUGUCUCUGAUAUCGCCAAGGACGUUGCCACUCCCGGAACUUCGCCGCUGCCAGCUUCGACGCACCGAAAGACCCUCAGCGCUAGCAUGACCCCGGAAGCAUCUCUGACCAAACUCGAACUUCCUUCGCGCCCGUCUUCCUCUGCCGCUGUCGAUGAAUACCCAAGCUGGUACCCUCUGGCGCUGAGACCCCAAGAUGCUCAAUUCCGCCUGCUUUUCCCCAACGUACCUCUCGAUGAAAAGGUUGUUCUGGUCUUCAGGGCUACUUGGAACCCGAACGAACAGCAGGAGUUCCCUGGUCGCGUUUACGUCACAUCGUCAAGUGUUUACUUUUACAGCAACCAUCUCGGUCUCGUCCUCGUUACGGGCAUCGGCCUCAACGUGGUUGAUGAAAUUACUGGCGCUCCAGGGCGCGAUUGUGACUUCUUGUUCAUUCACAUGAAGGAAGGAGUUCGCGCAGACGACUACAGCCGUGUGACGGUCAAGGUCUUCCUUGAGCCCUUGAAGCUCCUUCAGCGACGUCUGAACUUCCUCGUGCGUAACUGCAACUCGGAUGAUCCGGAGAACUUGGAAGGCAUCAUCAAGACUCUUCUGAGGAUGGAAGGCAAUGGCGGCGAGAGUCCUAGUAUGGAGAGCUGGGACAACGUCUCUAACAUCGACACACCCAUCGAGGGCCCUAUGCGCCGUGAUACCCUGUCCAAAUCAGGUUUACGGAUUGACGGGGAUCUCUUCGCCAACACAAGCUCACUUACUCGGAAGCCCACAAGAUUCAAAUUGCCAUUGCAACCUGUAGUAUACAGACCGCAGGGCAUGGUGCAAGUCGCCACCGAGCGUGACUUCGACAUCAGCGCCAAGGCGCUUUUCCAUGUGAUGUUUGGCGACAAGAGUGCAGUAUUCCAAAUGCUCUUCCGUGAGCGUUGGCCUCAAACCAUUGCUCAAGGUCCAUGGACGCAGCAGGAGGGUGGUCUCCAACGACGCGAAUUUGAGUACCGCCAGACGCCCGAUUCUCCAGUAGUCAUUCGCGACUACCAGGUCAUUGAGGUGUUGAAUGACCACCUCUGCUACGUCGUCGCGGAUAAGAAGACACCUUGGUAUCUUCCCAACUCCAAAGACUUCGUCCUCAUUAGCAAGUUUGUCGUCACCCAUGUUGCAAAGUCACGUUGCAGGCUCGCAGUAUACACCAAGCUGGAGUGGACAAAUGAGCCAAAACUCAUCAGGAGCCUGCUUGAACGCCAGGCGCUUGAGGACUUGGAUCUCGAAGCGCAAGACCUUAUGGAUAUCAUUGCCGAACAAGUCAACCGACUCGGCAGAGCAAGUCGCACCCGCAAGGCCGUUCAAAUUUUCGGCUACAUCGGCCAGCAAAACCAGACGGUACAGAUCGCAGAGAUGCUCACGCCGGUCAAAGAGCGCCGGUUCAGAUUGCAGAGGAGGACACUCGGCAGCAUGUUCUUCGACCUCGGCCGCGCCAUGGCGGCCAACUGGAUCUCGACGGCUAUCACGGUCCUCACGGGCGUCAUUGCGGCCAUGGGCAAGAUCUUCACGGCGCACACGAUGCUCCUGGGGCUCCUCGCCUUCAGCGGCGGCAUGAACCUCCUGUGGAGCUACCGCGACACGUGGACGUGGUGGCAGGAGCGCAACGCGGGCAAGUUCAUGGCGCGCAUGGGCGUGCACCCGGACGUCGUCAUGAGCAAGGCCGUCUACCUCCGCGACAUCGACGAGAUCUUCGUCAACGACACCAUCGCCGCCGAUUUUGGCAUCGGCCUCGCCCACAACAGCGGUCACGAGAUGGAUGGCGGCAGCAGCAGCGAGGCCCUUCAGAAUAGCUGCCAGCACACCUUCUUCAGCUUGCUGAACAAUCCGGACUCGUCAGACUUCCAGCCCUACGUGAGCACGUUCGCGCCUCACAUCACGCCGUCGACUAGAGCGACGGGCACGCGCCUGCACCGCACCAGGCAGAACCUCGCGGCGUACAGGCAUGACUUGCUGGUUGCGAUGAGGUUGGUGAAUAGGGUAGAGCGGGAGGUGUUGCAGGCGGAGUGGGAGAAUUGGGUGUUGGAUGAGAAUGUUAGGUGUAAGCGUGUGGGCGAGAUGAUCAAGAAGAGGAAUCAGACUGAGGGAGGUAUCGAUUCGGUGAUGGAGUGGUGGGAGGGAUACUGUGGGGAUUGUGGGAAGGCGUUGGAGGGACUGGACGUUGUGGGCUUGAGAUGA